GCUGUCAUCCUCAGCCGUGUUUACUCCAUCACUGAGGACACACAUGUGCUCAUUCUCACCGUGUGGGUUUAUCCUGCAGUGUUCAAGACUUCAAGACUUCCAGACAGGUUUUCGGUUUAGUCGAAUAUGAAGAUGUGUGCACGAGCUUCAGCGUUUUUCCGCUCGCUGUGUCGAUUCAGUCCUCUUCAUCGGACCAUGAGUUGGUCACCGAGACAAAUCAACUCCUGGAAAAGUCCAGAGUCCUCAGAUCGUCCAUCAGACUCUCCUCGAGUCUUGAUCACAGGUGGCCUUGGGCAGCUCGGCGUUGGACUGGCACAAAUGCUGAGGCAGCAGUAUGGCCCAGAAAACGUCAUCCUGUCUGAUAUCAAGAAGCCUUCAGCAGAAGUGUUUAACAUGGGUCCCUUCGUGUACGCCGAUGUUCUGGAUUAUAAGAACCUGCGUGAGCUGGUGGUGAAUAACGGCAUCAACUGGCUGGUGCAUUACAGCGCAAUGCUCAGUGCUGUGGGAGAAAGCAACGUCCAACUGUCCAGAGCCAUCAACAUCACAGGGUUGCAUAACGUCUUAGACCUAGCUCUGGAGAACUCCAUGCGUCUCUUCGUUCCCAGCACCAUUGGAGCGUUUGGCCCCACCUCUCCCAGAGAUCCCGCCCCUGAUCUCUGCAUCCAGAGGCCUCGCACCAUUUACGGCGUCUCCAAAGUCCACGCCGAGCUCAUGGGCGAGUAUCUCCACCAUAAAAACGGCUUGGAUUUCCGCUGUCUGCGUUAUCCUGGAGUUAUCUCAGCCUACACACACCCUGGUGGAGGCACCACAGACUACGCGGUCCAGAUUUUCCAUGACGCUCUCAGCACCGGACACCAUGAGUGCUACCUGCAUCCACAGACACGCCUACCCAUGAUGCACAUCUCCGACUGCCACCGGGCCACUGUCGAGUUCAUGCAGGCUCCUGAAUGUCAGCUCUAUCUGCGCACCUACAACAUCGCCGCCAUUAGCUUCACACCUGAGGAGUUGGUGGAGGAGAUCCGCAAGCACCUUCCUCACCUGAGGGUCACCUACAAACCUGACCCGAUCCGCCAGAACAUCGCUGACAGCUGGCCGAUGCGGUUUGACGACUCUAACGCUCGGAGAGACUGGGGCUGGGAGCCGGCGUUCGGUCUUCCCGAGCUCGUCACGGACAUGCUGAGUGACCUCCGGAAGAGGAGAGCGAGCGCAGACCUCGGCGUCAGCUAGCAGCCUCAUCACACCACGCCGUCGUGGAUAACUUUCCUAUAACAGCAAAAUGCGGCAAAAUUAUUCCUUACGAAAUGCAGGUAUCUGCUCAGGGUCAACACUGUGUACAUCAUAGUUAGAGGUUGUAGCUUGAGAAGUCAAGGAGAAACAAAAUCUGCGUUCUUUCAUGGAUGAUGAAGGAAUGAAAGCAGGAAUUGGUGCUGUAUAGUGCAUUAACUGCUGAAUUUUAUUAAUGAAUUUUAUACAUUCUAUGGCUUUUUAAAGAUUUUAGAAAUAUCCAACCCCAAAUCCAUGGACUUCUAUGGAAUGAUGGAAGGAUGAAGAAGAAAGCAUUAAAGGCGAGAGAAGACAAACCCGAGUUAUCUGUACCAUGUGUUCCUCUUAUGGUGGAAGCUGAGAUUGUAGGAGACAGCAUUGAAAUAUGAAUGUUAGUCUAGGAUGCAGUGUGAAGAAGGAAAAAGACAGGAUACAGGAGAGAUGAAGAGGUGAAAUGUGCUUUGUGUCGGUACUGGGAACAUCCACAGCUGCCUGCUUUAAACCUGAAAGGUGUCAGGAUACUGUCUAAGUGAUGUGUAAAUCUGUGGAAGGAUUGAGGAGAGAUGAAAAUGUGAUGUGAGUGAGCUGCUUCUGUAGAAACACAAAGAGGCAUAAAGACGAAGGGUUUUGUAAAGCGUCGUGGGUUCAGAAUUCAAACUGUAGAGAAUGUUAAAAAAGGAGAAAAGGAAAGAAAAGAAAAGUAAAGAAAAGAAAA